CCUGCCUCUGACCGAGCUCUGGACGCAGGCGGCGGCUGGCGCAGAGCGGCGAUGGGGCGACUCGGAGGCACCCUGCUGUGCCUGCUGCUGGCCGCGGCGGUCCCCACAGCCCCCGCGCCGGCUCCGACGACUUCGGCUCCUCUCGGGCCUGGCCCGGCUCUCAGCUACCCUCAGGAGGAGGCCACCCUCAACGAGAUGUUCCGCGAGGUUGAGGAACUGAUGGAGGACACGCAGCAUAAACUGCGCAGCGCGGUGGAGGAGAUGGAGGCAGAAGAAGCUGCUGCUAAAACAUCGUCAGAAGUGGAGCUCGCAAGGUUACCUCCCAGCUACCACAAUGAGACCAACGCGGAGACGAAGGUUGGCAAUAACACGAUCCACGUGCACCGGGAAAUUCACAAGGUCACCAACAACCAGACUGGACAAACGGUCUUUUCAGAAACAGUCAUUACGUCUGUGGGAGAUGAAGAAGGCAAAAGGAACCACGAGUGCAUCAUCGAUGAGGACUGUGGGCCCGCCAGGUACUGCCAGUUUGCCAGCUUCGAGUACACCUGCCAGCAGUGCCAGGAGCAGCAGACACUCUGUACUCGGGACAGCGAGUGCUGUGGAGAUCAGCUGUGCAUCUGGGGCCAUUGCGCGAAAACAGCCACCAAAGGCGGCAACGGGACCAUCUGCGACAACCAGAGGGACUGCCAACCCGGGCUGUGCUGUGCCUUCCAGAGAGGCCUGUUGUUUCCUGUAUGCACACCGCUGCCUGUGGAGGGCGAGCUGUGCCAUGACCCCGCCAGUCGGCUUCUGGACCUCAUCACCUGGGAGCUAGAGCCUGAGGGAGCUUUGGACCGAUGCCCGUGUGCCAGUGGCCUUCUCUGCCAGCCUCACAGCCACAGCCUGGUAUAUGUGUGCAAGCCAGCCUUCGUCGGGAGCCGUGAUGAGGACGGAGACAGUCUGGUGCCCAGAGAGGUCCCCAAUGAGUAUGAAGACGGCGGCUUCAUUGAGGAGGUGCGCCAGGAGCUGGAGGAUCUGGAGAGAAGCCUGUCUAUGGAAAUGGUGUUCGGGGAGCCUGUGGCCUCCAGGCUGCUGGAGGGAGAAGAGAUUUAGAGGCGGGCUGUUCUGUGGGUAGACGUGCAAUAGAAGCAGCUAAUUUAUUUCCCCAGCUGUGUCCUCUAAGAGCAAGUUCACCAGGUUUUUUCCAUGGUCUCUUCCCAGUACAAUUCCCCUUCUGGCUUGAAACAAAUUGAGACGUUCUGUGUCCGUCCGGCUCUCCCAGAUGUACCCCAUGCAUCACAGUUCUGGUGCCGGGUAGGGGGGACUCGGUGUGGGAGGGUGAAGGCAGAACAGAGCUGCUAAUUUGGGCCAAGUAUUAGCACUUUGCCUCUAUGGUUGGCAGAUGGCACAUUUCAUUUUGUUCUAUUGCCUGGAGCGUUGUUGAAGGACAGGGGGGUGGAAGAGGAUGCCGAAUUUCCCCACGGUGGGUUUGGGGUAAUGUUGACUCUCAUACAUGAGAAGAGGGCCCUGCUUUGCAAACUUAAACCUGGAGAAAAUGCAACAAACAAAGUUUCCAGGCAGUUCUUCCCAGGCCUAGCGAGCUGUGCCUUCAUCUGCUGCAGAUGCACUGUUCUGCUCAAGCCUUGGUAUGUGCAUCCAUCCUUUGUACGUGUCACUCAGCUCCUACCUCUGUGCCAGAACAGCAAUUUCCCCUCCACGACUGAUUCAAGCUCUCACUACAGCCUGGUGAGGCUCUCUGAGGCUCAGAGACCUCCAGUUGCUAGCCCAAAUCACACAGCUCAUGAAGACCAGAGCAGGAUUUCACCAAUGAAAUCUCCAAUGCUCUCUUCACUAUUCCUCACUAGCCUCAGUGCCACCAAAAUAUACCCUAAAUAAGCAUAGAAUUUUUCUUUUUUUGAGGCACAUCUGGAAUUAAGGUGAUACUAGCUCAUGAGUCCCGGUAAGAUUAAACUUCUACUGUUAGAAAUGGCAGCAUUCAAGGGUUUGACCCUGCCCUGUAGGGCAGUUAGUUACCUCAGUGAAAGUAUGUGGUUAGAUACAUGAACUUGCUAGAAACAGCACUGAAAUAAUUGUAGAGUAAGGAUUAGAAAUGAAAUCUGCAAAAUCCCUUACCAGCAAGCAACGGUCUGAAGACUGUUGUCAACCACUUGGGGGAAAAAUCAGAGCAAACACAGCUCUGUGAAAUAUGGUUGUAAUAUCUAGACUGAGAGCACUGGACUGUGCUGGUCCACAGAUGAUAUCCCCAGGUGCCAGGGACUGACUCCAUCAUGGAUUCAUCUAGAGUUAUUAAAUGUUAAAGCUGCCCAUGAUUGUAUAAGCAUGCUUUCAUUGAUUUUUAAAUUAUGUAUAAACAUAUAUGUUGCAUUUAAAAUCAAGCAUAAAUCACUUAAACUAC